AUGAUUGAGCUUGAAUGCUUAGGGGUCACAUGGGCAAUGUACAAGUGCCGGCAAUUCAUCGAAGGACUACCAUCGUUUGAAGUAAUAACGGACCACAAGCCAUUAAUCCCCAUCCUGAACGACUAUGCCUUUGAUAAGCUCGAUAAUCCACGACUUCUCCGCCUGCGCCUGAAAAUGCAGCGAUUUUCAUUCGUCGCCAAAAGGGUCCCGGGUAAAUCGAACACAGACGCCGACGCACUCUCGCGAGAACUAGUCGACAAAGCAACCGCGGCGGACGAGUUAGCCGAAGGAACCCCUUCCUUUUCACCUCGUGUAGCAAUGCUAAGUGCCAUCGAGUUAUCUGAGCCGUCCGUCCUCGACCCAGUGCUAGAGAAAGUAAAAUCAGCCGCAGCGGUGGAUCCAGUAAUGUUCGAACUACGAGAGCUGGUGCUACGUGGAUUUACAAAUGAAAAAGCCAACCUGUCACUCCCUAUGCGUCCAUUUUGGGCCGUUCGACAUCAGCUAGCCAUCGAUGAAGGCGACGACAUAAUCGUAAUGGGAGCCCGCGUUUUUGUACCUUCCAUUUUACGGCGAGACAUCGUCAACGAUUUAGUUGAUAUGCAUCAAGGGGCCACCAAGCUACGACAACGAGCACGUCUAGCCCUGUAUCGGCCACAUAUGGACGUUGACAUUGCCAAUGCGGCCCGCAAUUGCACCAAAUGCUUCGAACGCUUGCCAUCUCAUCCUCCAGAACCCUUGGUCCAGCGCCAACCGGCAUAUCGACCAUUUGAGCAGAUCAGGGCCGACCUCGGAGAACACAAAGGCAAACACUUUCUCAUUUUCGUCGACCAUUUUAGCGGCUGA